UUCAGCACAGGAAGAGAACAGGAGGUACACAAAGUCCAAAGCGAAGGUCGUCUUUUCCUGAGCAGAGUUCCGAGCAUGCCACAGUCCAAGAGUGAGCGUGAUGGGGCGAAGCGUACAGGUGAUGGAGAGGAAUCUCCAGCUCUGAAAGAAGAGCCCGAUGAACACCCAUCGUCUCAGAAUGCUGUUAAGGCAGCACCUAUGCACUUUCUCCAGCUACCACUUCACAGUGUUCAGCUAAGGCAAAACAGACCAUCUGUGCUCUGCUCGACCUCUCUGCUACCUCUGGGACAUGCCAGUGUCUCUCAGCCUUCACCAGAUGAACGUGAACCAGUGGCCUUGCUCAAGACAAAGGACACAGGCUCGAGUCGAACUCUGUUACACACCAGUCAACACAAGACCCCCUGCGCUCAGCCAAUCAGCCUUGUCCAGUCAGAGGUGAUAAGAUCACUAUUCAUCAAUGGACGAUGUCGCUGGCCAAGCUGUGAUGAAGCCUUUGAUGAGUAUGCUGUUUUUCUGGAGCACUUGAACCAUGGGCACAGCUGUGGAGAAAUAACUAUUGCACAGUGUAAGGUGCAGCAAGAAAGGGUGCAGCAUAUGGAGCAUCAGCUCAUUAAGGAGAGACAGAAACUUCAAGCCAUGCGGCUCCACUUAAGAGUGUCUGAACACACCCCCGCACAGCUAAGAGCAGGCCUGGGCUGGCCCAGUAUGCUGGCAUUGAGCGUGCCAACGUUCGAGGAGCCAGAUGGAGGGCCAGGAUGGGCCAGCGAGGUAGCAGGGCGCCAGGAAUACUGGCCCCCACCUGCCCCACACCUACCGUCAGAUUUUGUAAGCAGUAUGGAGUGUUACAAAUAUGUCAAUAUCAGACCACCAUACACAUAUGCCUUUCUUAUCAGAUGGUCAAUAUUAGAGGCACCAGAUAAGCAAAGGGCACUGAAUGAGAUCUACAACUGGUUUAUUCAAAUGUUCUUUUACUUCCGUCACAACACUCCGACUUGGAAGAAUGCAGUGCGUCACAACCUCAGCCUCCAUAAGUGCUUUGUGCGGGUAGAUGGUCGGAAAGGUGCUGUGUGGACUGUGGAUGAAAGGGAAUUUCAAAAGAGAAAGGGUCAAAAGUUUAACAGGGACAGUACAUUGAAAUGGCUGGCUUCUUUUUCCAACCCCUCCCAAGUGCCCUAAGGCGGCCGGAUGUCCAACACUGAGAAACCGUUGUGUACCAUGUUAAUGAAAGACAGCAGAGUCAUCUGCUUAUACUUUCUCAUGUGACUUGCUUUGCUGGAAAAUGCUGAUCAACCGAAACUAAAUGGCCCAAACACUUCAGAAUGGUAAAGCUCAUCAAAAUAGACUUGCACACAUAUCGUUCAUGCAGAUUAUGUAAAAUACUGUUACAGAUGAAGUAAU